AUGGCUCGUCAAACUACGGCCGACCCCAGCAGUAGUCAUCCAAAGCCCAAGAAGCUGAAAAGUGUGCAGUUUUCUGACGAGAACUUGCUAUACUCCCCUGUUGCAUGGUCUCCCCAACCUGAAGCGGACCUCUCUUCACUCCCACCAUCGCCGAUGCCGAGCCAUCCCACUUUCCCCCCAACGGCUGUGUUUUUUACCUCAGACUCCGAGUCUGAGCCGGAGCGCGUGCCAGCAGCUCCCUCUUACAAUUUUUCUACACAAGUCGGCCCACCCAUACCCUGGAAACCCCCAUUGGUCUACAGCCCAUGGGGCGGGUCGCUUGCGGCCGAACUGCCAACCUCAAACGUUGGUUUGACUCCCGCGCCGUCAACGCCAUACCUACCGGUCGCCAACACUAACCAGACAUGGAUAAAUCAAGCCUAUGCUUGGCCACCGCCAUCUCCAUCUCCUCCCCCGCUCUAUACGCCUUGGACAACCCAGCCUCAAUCUGGCCAACCAUACCCAACACCGCCUAUUCACCUCCACGUUCUGCUCGCAUUCACGCCUUUCGCUAAUGUUCCCCCCAUCGCCUUCGACGUCUCGCUACCGCCACACACCCAGCUCCAACAAAACCUUACUCCCGCAUACCUCGAGCCUGCAACCCAUCCUCCGUUGUCGUGUCUGGUUCUGCACUGCCGUCGGCUUGCAUUGGCAUUCCCAUAUCCCAUCUCAGGCGACGACUGGACCAUCCCCGUUGUCCCGCUCACGCAGCCAACUACAGGCAUCGUCUGUGUCCUUGACGUUUUGCGCGCCAUCUACGUGUCAUUGCGAACUUCGGUUCUCAGAGCAGAGUACGAGACAUUCCGAGCAACAACAAUCGGUGAUAGCGUAAAGCCAACUUCUGCGACGAUGACGACCCGCACAGAGGUCGACUCGGCUUAUUUUGCUCGUUGCAAAUUUAUCUCAGAUCCGCAUCUUCGGAGGGCGGAAGAACUGAAAGGCGUCAAGCGCGUCGACGUGUUGUGCGGGAAAACCCGUUUCUUAGGGCUGUCAGGGCCUCUUGAAGCGGGACCGGGUGUAUGGGAGCUCAAUCUUGCAGAAUGA